ACAAAACUCACACACUUUGUAAUUUGGUACCCUACUCCUAGAGAAAAACAGAUAGCAGGUCCAUUAGGUACACACCAACAACUCAAUGGGACCACUUGAAUUCAGAUGCAGUUGUGAGUUUUAGCAGUAUGUAAUCUGCACUGCUCUUUAUUUGAAGCAAUAUUUUGCAAGAUAAAUAAAUUGAAGUUAAUUCCAUGCUGCUCUGAAUUUGAAUGUUUCCUUUCUUCCAUUUUUUGUACAUUGUUCCCCACUUUGGAUAACAAUAUUUUGAAUAGAACUCAUAACUGAGGAAUGUGUCUUCUUAAGUGAACAAAUAAAUAAAGCUCUUUGUGACCCUUGCUAUGGUAUUGAGUGCUAGUACCAAUUAAGGAGCAAGUGUGAAGAAGUGCAAGAGGUAGCAAUUAUUGUGUGUGCUGAGAUGAAGCUUACUAUUAGAUGUUUCUUUAUCAUUGCGCUAUGAGAAAAUGACUGCAUUAUUGGGGUUAUAUAGCAUAACCAUUCACGUGCAGAUGCAGCCUCUGUUUCUCUUUUGUAUACAGGACAGAGCCAUCCACGUGCAGGUUUGAGGGUACCUUUGAUCCUUAAACAAACAAAAAUGGAAAAUUGCACUACAAAUUCAGCUCAUUCUAAAGUCCAAAUCUAGUCAAACAUUACAGUAGCAUGCUAUAUUGAAUUUCGUUCAAAGUUAAAAUUCAGCCCCUUACUUCUUUCUUCUUAAAUUUUCUUAUGCCACUUAAGCUGAGUGAGCAUCAAAUUUUUCUCAAGUUUGGUCCUGCAAACUGGUGAUGAAUUAAAUAAGAUUGUUGAAUGCAAAGUUGAUCUGGCUCCGGACUGAUAGUUCUCCGCUGUAUUGAUUAUUUAUGCAAAUGGAAGACCCAAUCAAACUGUUGAGAUACUAUCUUCAUUGAAUGAACGCAAGAAAUAAAUUAAUGAUCCGUGCCUGUGCUGUAUGGUAUAUGUGUAUAUUGGGUUCGUAAGAGAAUCUUGGUAUUUUUAUGGAUACAAAUGCCACAUAAAAUAUAAAGUUUUGCUCCGAUACACAUGUUGGUUGAGUCUCACAUUAAAAAGAUUAUUAUUUUUAUGUAAGAUAUUGGUUAGGAAGGAGGGUGACUUGGUUUAAUUAUUGGUGUAAGGUACUUGCGUUGGAGAUGUUAUAACUAGGGUUCACCAUUUGAUUUGAUUGGAAGAUUGAAGAGACAGGUGAGUGAAAUGAAAAAAAAUAAAGGGAUCCACAUGCUCACCACGUGUCCUUUUGAUCCUAUGCCACCCUUGUACUAUAUAGUUUUAAUUUUGAAAAUUUCUUGAUAAUAAAAAAAAAGUUGAAACAACAAACCAAAGCCUAUCCUCUAAUUGAAAAUUUCUACACAAUGAUUACAAUUAAGCAAACUCACCUCAUACAUCCAUGAUCCAUCCAUCCAUCCAUCAACCGGUACUCUUCCUCCUCCUUCCCCUUCCAAAUCCAAACCACCGGCCAAGAUUGAUUUUGUGAUAACCCUAACGCAGCAUCAGCAUGCAUAGAUAGAUGAUGGCGAUUGUCACCGGAGAUCGCUACCUCGAGAAGCUUGUCCACUUCGUCGACAAUCAGGCGGGUCCCCUCAUCGAAGGAGCCUUCGUUCUCAAGCUCAAUCCCGCCGGCCUUCACUAUGUCCAAUCAAGACUCGAGGCACUGCACGAGCUCGAGAGCCUCCUCUCCGCCGCCCCCGUCGACUACCUCCGCGCCUACGUCUCCGACCUCGGCGAUCACCGCGCUCUCGAACAGCUCCGCAGGAUCCUCCGCCUCCUCACCUCCCUUAAGGUCGUUUCCGUCUUGCCACCGCCUGUCAGGGAUCCCACCCCCUUGUCCUUCUUGCCUUUUGGCCGCUUGAAGCUUCUCGAGCUCAGGGGCUGCGACCUCUCAACCUCUGCCGCCAAAGGCUUGCUCGAGCUCAGGCACACUCUCGAGAAGAUCAUCUGUCACAAUUCUACCGAUGCUCUCCGGCAUGUAUUUGCUAGUAGGAUAACCGAGAUAAAGGAUUCUCCCCAGUGGAACCGCUUGUCAUUUGUCUCCUGUGCAUGCAAUGCUUUGCUUCUCAUGGACGAGUCUUUGCAGCUUCUUCCUGCCGUCGAAACACUUGACCUUAGCAGGAACAAGUUUGCAAAGCUGGAUAAUCUGCACAAGUGUACCAAAUUGAAGCAUUUGGACCUUGGUUUCAAUCACCUCAGAACAUUUGCGCCAUUCACCCAGCCCCAGGUUUCCUGUCAUAUUGUUAAACUUGUUUUGAGGAACAAUGCUCUUACUACUUUGCAUGGGAUUGAGAAUUUGAAGUCGCUUGAAGGACUUGAUGUUUCCUACAACAUGAUUUCUAAUUUUUCAGAGCUAGAGUUCCUUGCUGGUCUUCCACAUCUUCAAAGCUUAUGGUUGGAAGGAAAUCCUUUGUCCUGUGCUCGUUGGUAUAGAGCACACGUAUUCAGCUUUUUCACCUACCCAGAAAAGUUGAAGUUAGAUGAGAAGGAAAUUAGCACUAGUGAUUUUUGGAAGAGACAAAUAAUUAUUGCCAGUAUGCAUAAGGAGCCUGCCAGUUUUGGGAUUUAUGUACCUGCAAAGGACGAGGCUAUAGUGGAAGAGGGCAAUCAUAGAAGGAGAAAGGUCACUCGCGUUGCCAGUAUUGAGAAUGAAGAAGAUAUUGCUAGCAUAUGUUCUAAUGAGGAUUCUGUGUCAUGUGCAAAUGAAAAUCAAAGUAGAGAGGAUCCUGAUUUAACUGACGAUGAAGCUGAAAUAGUGGAUUUGAUCAACAGAGUUGAACAUAUGAAGAAGGAGCGCUCUAUUCUUUGGUUGCGGGAAUUUAAAGACUGGAUGGGUUUUACUUCUGAUACAUUGGUAGAAACUAGGAAAGAAGGGAGAGCUACAUCACGUCAUCAGAAAAGAAAUUACAUAAAAAACAAGACACAUCAGGAGCAACAUGGUGAAGUUUCAAGAUAUGCUUUAGACUCUGUUCUUAAGUCAGGAGAUGAAAGUAGCAUGAAUCUUUUAGAAUCGGAUAGUUCUUUUGCAGAUAUGUCUUCUGGUUUUCAUAGGGAGCAUUAUUUUGACUAUAGAGGUUCUCUUGGUAAUGCUAGCGGGGCUUCUCUUUCUGACUUGGGCGUAGUGGACGCAGAUCGUCUUAAACCUUUUUCACUUGAUGGAAUUAGUAGUUCACUGUCACAAUCUAAAAAUUCUUAUCCUGACACCAUUGCUCUCCAAGGAGCACAAAGAAAGGCUGAAAAUGCCACGAACUCGCCGUUGACCACCAUUACUGAUAUAUCGGGGUCUCGGUCCUCAUCUAUGUGCCCCACAUCACCUCCUCAUUUUCAAGAAGACCUUCUUCAUCGCCGCCAUCACUUGGUGGAGGAAAUUUUGCAGCUUUCAGCUGAUUCCUUUUCAGUGGCAUCGUCUGAUAGUAACACAAGCUGUAGUGAAAUUGAUUACGGUGAAUUUGAACCAUCAGAGCCUAAAGUUGAUAAUUUCCCAUGCAAAAAUAGUGUGAAUGGGAGUGUUGAUGAACAUAUAUCUGAAAAUAAACAAAAGGAAAAACUUAGCAAUCCAAGACAAAGAAUUAUCCGUGCAGGAGAAAAUGGUAUUUGUUUAAUUGGUCCAUCCUGUGACCAAACUUCUAAGCUGUAUUCAGUCAAUUUUGUUGCUGGUGCUGACGAUGGUGAGAGUGCUUUAUCUGCUGGCGAAGACUCUGACUUGUCGGAGAAUAGGAAAAUCAGAAAAAAAGCCAAGAAGAGAAUUAUUUCAAUAUUUGAAGAGAUUUCAGAUGGAAAUGCAUGUGAACAUGAACAAGAGCAGAUACGUCAUGGACAGUUUUCUGACAAUUUAAGGCAAGAAUUGGACAUCAACGGUUUUACUGACUUUUCUCGGCGUGAUUGCUUUACCACAGAGGAUGAUAAUUUAGUUGUGACAUAUUUUAAUACAACAAUUGCCGAUUCUGAAGCCAGUGAGGUCUGUAGUCAUUGCAUACGCUGUAAUUGUGUCUUUCAAAGGGAGACGACCUACAAAGAAAGGGAAGUUGCAGUAUUAAUGAGCAGCCAUAAGAAACUCUAUGUGCUACUAGUCAAUGUCGCUUCUGACGGGUCAGGAAUAUGUUUGAGUGUUUUGAGUAGCCACAAGAUGGAAGAAGUCUGUGAGGUGCUUGUUGGUAUCGGUCUUCAGUUGUUAAGGGUGAAUUUUGAGAGUGGGGAAACAUACCUUUUUGUAACGAGAAGCAUUGAAAAAUCAAGGGAGUUGCUAAGUACCAUAAACGUGUUUGAUUCAUGUGAUGGAAACGGUCGAUGCUCAUUAAGAAGUUUGGAGCAGGUCCAGGUUGAGUUGUUUGACAAGCAAAUAUGCGGCGGUUCAAAUUUGAGCAUAUAUCAGUAUGCAAUGGUGCUCAUCUGUUAUAACAUUGGCAGUGAGGAAUCAUGGCUCUCAAGAUCGCUGUUUGUGAUUGGAGGGAAUGUGCUUCUAUGCGUUGAAGAUGUUAAACAGCUGUACUCAUUUUCAUCAGAUGUGUCAACGUCUCCAUACUUCACGAUUGAUUCAUGUUGCACCAUUGCUGAGAUUACUGAGAUGGUGAUUGAGGUUGGUGACAGCUGCUGUGUGACUUUAGGUCUAACAUGUCCAUUGACAGAAGUCCAUCCCUCUAUCCGAAUGAACCUUGUAGCUGCCAAUCAUGGAAACAAAGCUCCUGGCUCUCUUAAGUUGAAGCUUCAGUGGUUCUCCAGAGAUGACCUUUUAAAGUUCGUGUCAUUGUUGAAGGCAAUCCAUGCAGAAAAAGCGGUGUCUCAUUUGGUAGUAAGAUGUAUAUCGUAAUUAUUUUUUGCUGUGUUUGUUGGUAUUUCAUUUCAUUUCAUUCAUUUGAUUUUGGUUUUUCAUAUUUUAUUUUAAUUAGUUUGCUUUUUCAGUGUGUUGAGUUUGUGAUGGCUUCUUUUAUUCUUUGAUUUCAUAUCCACGCAGUGGUUGUUCUUUUUCAUUGUAUAGAAUUGUACAGUGUCACUUGUCUCGAAGGAUGAAUUUUGUAGAUUUGAGCACAUUAUGAAACACUAAUAUAUGGAUUAUCUUGCCAUUUUCAA